AGUGUAGUUUCAACUUUCAACAGCCAGUAACGUCACGUCAGUUGUUGGAACUGACGCAUGACGUGUCCAAGCAAAAAACAAGUCUUUAAGACGAUUUAAAAUUGUACCCAAUUAAUUAUACAAUCUUCAACGAAUUUAAGCCGUAUCACGAGGGAGUAACGACGAAAUUUACGUUAUUCCGACAUUAAUCCCUGAAAUGGUCAAAGUAAAAGUAACGCAAGGCUGGUUGGAAGGCGAGGUGCUGGAGACCGUGACCGGGUAUAGAAAGUACUAUAGCUUCAAGGGUAUUCCAUAUGCUGAACCUCCCUUAGGAAAACUCAGAUUCAAGGCUCCGCGACCAGCGCUGCCCUGGGAGGGAGUCAAAAAAGCAACACAGCAUGGACCUGUAUGCCCUCAAGUGGACAUCUUCACAGAAAUCCUGAUUCCGGGAAGUGAAGAUUGUCUUUAUUUAAACGUGUACACGCCCGAAAUCAAUUCUGAAACGCUCUUACCAGUCAUGUUCUUCAUCCAUGGAGGUGGUUACAAGAGUGGCUCAGGAAAUGUUGACAAUUAUGGACCCGACUUCCUUGUAGCCCACGGAAUAGUAUUAGUCACGAUUAAUUACAGACUUGACGCAUUAGGAUUCCUUUGCUUGGACACUGAAGAAGUGCCAGGAAAUGCUGGUAUGAAAGACCAAGUAGCUGCUUUAAAGUGGGUUAAAGAGAAUAUUUCAAGUUUUGGUGGAGAUCCAGAUAACAUUACUGUGUUUGGUGAAAGUGCCGGUGGGGCGUCUACAUCUUUCCACGUCAUAUCGCCGAUGUCAAAAGGCUUGUUUAAAAGAGUGAUUUCGAUGAGCGGGGUCCUAUUCUGUGAUUGGUCCAUAGCAUUCGAACCAAGAAGAAGAGCGUUCAAACUUGGACAGCUUUUGGGAAUUGAAACCGAGAAUCCAGAUGAAUUACUCGAAUAUCUACAAAACGUUCCAGUAGAGAAAUUAGUCAAUACAGAUCCUAACAUAAUAACAAUGGAAGAACUACACAAAAAUAUGCUCAAAUUUUAUCAUUUCACGCCAGUUGUCGAAAAAGAUUUUGGUCAAGAACACUUUUUGACACGUGAACCAAUUGAAGUCCUUAAACAUGGAAAUAUUAAUGAUGUAGAUAUGCUAUUAGGUUUCACAAAUGAAGAAGCAAUAAUAGGAAUAACGCUUUUAGAGAAACAUCUAGUGCAUUUGUACAAUAAGUACAUCGAUUUGUUCGCACCUAGGUUGAUAACAAUUAAGGCGACACCAGAUAAAGUCUUAGAAAUAUCCGACAGAAUACGUCAUUUUUAUUUCGGCAAUAAAAAGGUUAAUUUAGAAUCUAUGAGGGAAUUUGUCACGUUUGUUAACGACUGUGGAUUUAUAUAUCCCAUUCACAGAUUUGCGGGUAAAUUGUCGGAUCUAAUUAAUACGAAAGUUUUCAUGUACAAAUUUUCGAUGUUUUCAAAUCGAAAUGUGUAUGGUGCGGCCGGUGCUAAUUACAAGAUAACUGGGGCCUCGCAUUUGGAAGAUUUGAUGUAUCUGUUUGACGCCAAAAAAUUUGACUUGAAGAUUGAGACAACGAGCAGGGAAUAUCGUUUAAUUAAUCUGGCUUGCACAAUUUUUACCAAUUUUGCGAAAUUUGGUAAUCCAACACCGGACACAUCUCUGGGAGUGAAGUGGCCAGAAUACAAUAAAGAGACAAGAAAAUACUGCGACAUCGGAGAUGAGCUCACCAUUGGACUGGAUAACUACAGACAGACAGUCGACUUCUGGAAAAAAGUAUAUGAAGAUGCCGGUCUAGAAUUCUAAAAGAAAUUUGGGCCUAAUAAUUGUGGACCUCAAAAUCAAAGUAUCGUGUCUAGUUUCAGCGAAGACCUAGGAUAGUAUUUUUGUUCUUUUAAUUGUUAUUUCGACUUAAAACUGACUUUUCGAUCGAUUUUAUUAAAUAAGUUUCAUUCUAAAAAUGGUAGCGUCUACAAUAAGUACAUUAAAACUAAUUAUAAUUACAAACUAAUAUUCUUAGAUAAGUUGAAUUUUUUUUACCAAAUCAACAUUACCUAACUCUCGCGAUGUUUUUAAAAAUAUUAAUAAUACACAACAGUACUUGUCUACUGGGAAGGAGAAAGAAAUAGGUAAUUUAUUAAGACAGAAACUGAACUUGUACAUUUUCAAGUGAGAAUAAACAUGUUGGAUAUUAAAA